CGCCCUUUCUUCAAUGAAACUCAGAAUGAAACUGUAAAAAACAUUAGUCUAUAAACGUAUAAAUAUCAUCGCAUGUGGAGCAAUAGCAGGUAUAUGAAUAUAACAUGUGUCAAAUGAUAUCAAAAACAUUAAUUCAAGUUGACAAGGUUUAAAUCGCAUAUCAAUUCCAACUAUGAAGUGAAAUUCAAUAUUUUUGAAAAUGGAGGACGAACUUUCAGAAAUGUGUAAAAAGAUUUUGAAUGAUAUCAAUGCGAUUUUAAAGAAGGAUCUUCAAAUUGAUGAGUAUGAUGUUAUUCCAACAUUAGGAAAGACAACAUUAAACAGAAGUCCCAUCUUACAUGAAGAACACAAGUUGGGUGUUGAAUCAUGGUGUAUCAAACCACUUUUCCUCUAUUGUUAUUCUGGCCUGAUGGAACAGAGAGAUAAGAUGAAACAAAUAAAGAGAAUAUUGGAUGAAGAUGUACAGUCUUUGUUGACACUGUCCCGUCUGGUUGUGAUGGUCCAGGCCGAUUGUAUGACUGCAUGGAAUAUUAGGAAGGAACUGAUAGAGGCUGGCAAACAUAAAGUUAUGGAAGAUCUCUCUUUAUCGGCACUUAUUCUUACUAAACAUCCCAAAAGUGCAGAGACAUUUGCGCAUAGAAAGUGGCUUUUAGAGAAAAUAGCAAAGACGUGUGGAGCUUAUACUGCUACAUUGAAUGACACUGUUAAUAUUGAUUUAGAACUUCAAGUGUGUCAGGGUGCAGCUGACAGGUACCCCAAUAACUACAAUGCUUGGACACAUAGGAUUUGGGUUGUACAGACCUUAGCUAAAGAACAACUCAAGGUUUGCCACAAAGAGCUUCACACAACACAAAAGUGGAUCAACACCCAUGUAUCCGACCACAGUGGCUUCCAUUACAGACAAUUCCUUUUUCUCGAGAUUUCAAAAUAUCUCAAAAUCAUUCCGCAGUGUCGCAGUCAACAGCUUGAUAAUCAAAACAUACCUCUUGAGUUUGAUUGUGCCAGUGGUUGUUCUGAAGGUUGUGAUGAUGAUUGUGUUUUGGUUAAGAAGAAUAUCUCCAAGUUAACACAUUAUGAGAAGAGUCGUGAGGUCUUAGUGCAGCUACUAUGCAGAGAAGUGAACAUUACAACAUAUCUCAUUGAACAUUACCCAGGACAUGAGGCUGUAUGGUACCACAGGCGUUCAGUUGUCUGGUCCCUGAUGAAUAAUCACAACACUGUCAACAGAGUUCAAACAACAGGUUCGCCAACUGAAGAAAUCAAAGUAAAAAUACAAAGAAUGGAUACUGAAUCUGAAGAGUUGAUAGCAAAAGAGAAGAAGUUCUCUCAGCAGUUUAUAGAUGGCAGCAGCAAUACCUGGCAGGCAAUGUUGGCAGAGAGGUAUAUGAAAUGGAUAGACAAUCUUAAUUAGAGCUCUUAUACAAGACUUUUGCAAUUAAGGAAAUUAGUUUGCAUAUUAAUUUAUCAAUUUCAAUUUUGAAGCUUUGACAGAGUUAGGUAAACACAUAUCCUACCCAGGUUUUUUCUACAUCUGUUUAAUAAACAGAAAAUAUCCAUUUAACGUUGAAACACAUUUUGGAAGUAAUAGAGACUGUGUAGGAACCAUCAAGACAGAUGUCAGCUAUUAAAUCAGCUUAUGACAGGUCAUACUAAUUUGAACAGUCACGUUGCUAAGAUAAGACCUGAUGUAAAUAGACUAUACUCUACGUGUAAAAAAGUAGAGACAGUGAUCAUUUUACAAAUGAAUGUUCCAAGUACAAUGAGGAAAGAGAAGUGUUUCCUUCUCUAAUGAAAAAGUAUUAUGAGGAGCCAAUGUGAAGCCAGCAUUUGAUAUGAAACUUCUGAAAUAUAAACAUUAGAUUACAUCUUAUGGAUAACAUGUAAAGAAAAGGAAAAGACUGUAAUCACGGAAAACAAAACAACAGACAGUGACUGUUUGUAAAAAGCCAAAUAUGAUGAUCAUGACACACGUUUCUUGGCUAGAGAUUUGAGUAACUUUGAAUAACAGAAACUGUACCAUGGCAUUCCUCGAAAACAAACAUUUAUAGUAUACUUAUUUUUUAGUUUACUUAUCAACAAUUUUGGUACAUGUUACAGACUUUCAAACAUGAGUAUUCUUUCACCACUCAAGUCUGGGGAAUUCAUAUCAAACAACAGUCAGCAUGUAGCAGUGAAAGAUGAUGGUGUUAAACAUGUAGCAAAUCUGAUGGUGCAGAGUGUUAGAGACAAUAGAUACAAUAGCAAAUCCUGGAAACAGCACACAUUGAAUCCAAAAACGAUGGAUAAGGCUGCCAUAGAUUGGAUUUUCUUGGUGGAUGCUCUGAACUUUUCAUUUUGGUCAGAAGACCCUUCCAAUACAUAUGUG